GGACGCCGUAGCAGCCAUCUUUUCCCUGAUUACGGUGUUUCAUGUCGGCUGUCCACGACCCAUUCAAACUUCUCCCGAAAACGCACCUGGGUCCCGCAGCCACCAGCAUUUCAUUUGGGGAGAAAGAGGAAGAGCGGCUAAAAACGGAGGUGUGAUAGCCCGGGCCCUGACUUCUCAAAAAGCACUGCGCGGAGGAGGAGGCAUCAGAGCUCCGCUCUAUCUUUCUAGGAUUCUGUUUCCCCGGAAGGAAAGAGAAUAUGAACGUGUUCAAGGAGGCAGUGACGUUCAAGGACGUGGCGGUGGCCUUCACAGAGGAGGAGCUGGGACUGCUGGACUCUGCCCAGAGGAAGCUGUACCAGGAUGUCAUGUUAGAAAACUUCAGGAACCUGGUCUCAGUGGGACAUCAGCCCUUUAAACGAGAUAAAUGGCACAUAGAAAGAGAAGAGAGGCCCUGGUUGAUGAAGACAGCAACCCCGAUAGAGAGAAAUGUAGGAGGGAGCAAUCAAAGUGAGCUGAGGACCGUUCAAGACAGAGGACCACAUGAAGAGCUUUCCUGCUGGCAAAUCUGGCAACACAUUGCAAAUGACCUAUCCAGAUGUCAAAACUCCAUGAUAAAUAGUUCUCAGCUUCACAAACAAGGUGAUUCCCCCUGCCAGCUUGGGGCAGGAUUCUCUAUUCAAAUUUCUGAAGAUGAGAACUGUAUACUGAAUUGUAAAGUGGAUGGUCCUAAUGGUACUGAAAACUCAGACUUUCCAAUUUUGAGAGCCCAGGACUCAUGGAGGAAAACUUCUUUGACUGAGUCACAGAGUUAUCUGAAUAGAAACCAACAAAUUUCCAAGAAAAAUAAGCUGUGUCAGUGUAAACAGGAUGUUGAUGUCAUCAGUUGGAUUUCACAUCACCUAGAUCAUGGAAUACACAGAAGUGACCAAUCUUACAGUGACGAUGAUUGUGAGAAAGACAGCAUGAAGAUUUCAACAUUGGACCAGGAUAGUAUGACUCACACAGGACAAAAACCUUACCAGUGUAAUGAAUGUGAAAAAUCCUUCAGUGAUCUCUCUACCUUUGAUCUUCAUCAGCAAUUACACUCAAAAGCAAAGUUGCAUACAUGUAGUGAAUGUGGAAAAGGCUUCCGUUAUAGCUCAGUUCUUCGUAUUCAUCAGAGAGUUCACGUGGGAGAGAAAGGCUAUAAGUGUGGUGAGAGUGGUAAGGAAUUCGGUCAGAGCUCACUUCUGCAAACCCAUCAGAAAGUCCACACUGUAGAGAAGCCAUUUAAAUGCGAGGAGUGUGGGAAAGGCUUUGGUCGUAGAUCAGCACUUACUGUUCAUUGCAAAGUCCACACAGGAGAGAAACCUUAUCAUUGUGAGGAAUGUGGGAGGGCCUUCAGUCAGGCCUCUCAUCUCCAGGACCAUCAGAGAGUCCACACCGGGGAGAAACCAUUCAGAUGUGAUGCAUGUGGUAAAAGCUUCAGUCGGAAUUCACAUCUUCAGUCCCAUCAGAGAGUCCACACGGGAGAGAAACCAUACAAAUGUGAGGAGUGUGGGAAGGGCUUCAUUUGUAGCUCAAAUCUAUACAUUCAUCAGAGGGUCCACACAGGAGAAAAACCCUACAAAUGUGAGGAAUGUGGUAAAGGCUUUAGUCGGCCUUCAAGUCUUCAGGCCCAUCAGGGUGUUCACACUGGAGAGAAAUCCUACAUAUGUAAUGUGUGUGGUAAAGGCUUUACUCUGAGUUCAAAUCUUCAAGCACAUCAGAGAGUCCACACAGGAGAGAAGCCAUACAAAUGCGAUGAGUGUGGGAAGAGCUUCAGGAGGAACUCCCAUUAUCAAGUUCAUCUGGUAGUCCACACAGGGGAGAAACCCUAUAAAUGUGAGGUAUGUGGAAAGGGCUUCAGUCAGAGUUCAUAUCUUCAAAUCCAUCUGAAGGCACACAGCGUAGAGAAACCUUACAAGUGUGAGGAGUGUGGGCAGGGCUUCAAUCAGAGUUCCCGACUUCAGAUUCACCAGCUGAUCCAUACUGGCGAGAAACCGUACAAAUGUGAAGAGUGUGGGAAGGGAUUCAGUCGUAGAGCAGAUCUCAAAAUUCAUUGCAGAAUCCACACAGGAGAGAAACCAUAUAAUUGUGAGGAGUGUGGGAAAGUAUUCAGGCAGGCCUCAAAUCUUCUGGCCCAUCAGAGAGUCCAUAGUGGAGAGAAACCAUUCAAAUGUGAGGAGUGUGGGAAGAGUUUUGGUCGCAGUUCACACCUUCAAGCCCAUCAGAAAGUCCACACGGGAGAAAAGCCAUACAAAUGUGAGGAGUGUGGGAAGGGCUUCAAAUGGAGCUUGAAUCUUGACAUGCAUCAGAGGGUCCACACAGGAGAGAAACCCUACAAGUGUGGGGAGUGUGGUAAACACUUCAGUCAGGCCUCAAGUCUUCAGCUUCAUCAGAGUGUCCACACUGGAGAGAAACCAUACAAAUGUGAUGUGUGUGGUAAGGUCUUCAGUCGCUCUUCACAGCUACAGUCUCAUCAGAGAGUUCACACAGGGGAGAAACCUUACAAGUGUGAGACGUGUGGUAAGAGCUUCAGCUGGCGAUCAAAUCUUACCAUUCAUCACAGAAUCCAUGCUGGUGAUAAAUCCUAUAAAAGUAACAGGAGUGGGAAGAACAUCAGAGAGUCCACCCAGGAAAAUAGUUGUAUAAAAUGAUUUUUAAAAGAAAACCCAGGUGUCAUGUGAAUUCUUCCAAUCCUGAAGUUCAAAAGAAAAAAUCAUUUAUUUCAUGAAAGUCAAUGUUUGAGCCACAGCUUAACAUAUCCCAGUAGUCAGGAGGCCACACAGCAGAGAACACUUGUAAGUGGCAUAGUGAGGUACAGUUUGAACUUUGACCUUUAUUAAAUACUACUCAGGGGAGAGGCUUUGGAAAGGAUGAGUUUUAUCAGGCCUUGUAUAAAAGUAUAAUGGACACACUAAAAUUAAUGCCCAUUAGAAUGUAAGCUCCAUAAAUGCAGAGACUUGUUCUGGUUCUACAUGGUCUUAACAUUGCCAGGUACUUGGGAGGUGCUCAAUAUUUGUUAAAUUAAUAAAUGGAGGAAAUGUAUAUUUGAAAAUUGUGUUGAGAUUACCUCCAGAAUUUCAUAAAAAUUUGUAUUCAGAACAGGUAACCUAAAUGUGGCCUUCAUAAAAUUAAUUCAGGGAGACAGAGUUGAAAUGCAAGAAAACUACUCAGUACUGCAAUCUGUCCUAGUAAUUGGGCUUUGCCUUGUGAUGAGCUCCUGUCUUUCCCAGCCUCUUAUCAAGUUGGGUCUUAUCAUCUUGGACUUUGAAUUUACACUGCAUAAAAUCAGUGGAUAGUUAUCUUUUGUGACAGCAUAGACUGAAAAUUGAUUGCUAAUCCUACAAUAAGCCAUUACACUGUUUAUUUCUAUUCUCAAGAAUGUCAAGGCAGGGGUU